AUGACUGCUGCUAAACCAAAUCCAUAUGCUGCCAAGCCAGGUGACUAUCUCUCCAACGUAAAUAAUUUCCAACUGAUUGAUUCGACCCUAAGAGAGGGUGAGCAAUUUGCCAAUGCGUUCUUUGACACUGAAAAGAAGAUUGAAAUUGCCAAGGCCUUGGACGACUUCGGUGUGGACUACAUCGAGUUGACUUCUCCCGUGGCCUCCGAACAAUCCAAGAAGGACUGUGAAGCCAUCUGUAAACUAGGAUUGAAGGCCAAGAUCCUAACGCAUAUCCGUUGUCACAUGGACGAUGCCAGAGUUGCCGUGGAGACCGGUGUGGACGGUGUCGAUGUGGUUAUCGGCACUUCCAAGUUCUUGAGACAGUAUUCCCACGGUAAAGACAUGAACUACAUUGCCAAGAGUGCCGUCGAAGUCAUUGAGUUCGUCAAAUCCAAGGGUAUUGAAAUCAGAUUCUCUUCAGAAGAUUCGUUCAGAAGUGACUUGGUCGACCUGUUGAACAUCUACAAGACCGUUGACAAGAUCGGUGUAAAUAGAGUCGGUAUCGCCGAUACUGUUGGGUGUGCCAACCCAAGACAAGUGUACGAACUUAUCAGAACUUUGAAGAGUGUGGUUUCCUGUGACAUCGAAUGUCAUUUCCAUAAUGAUACCGGUUGCGCCAUUGCCAACGCCUACACUGCCUUGGAGGGUGGUGCUAGGUUGAUCGAUGUCAGUGUGCUGGGUAUUGGUGAAAGAAACGGUAUCACUCCACUCGGUGGGCUAAUGGCAAGAAUGAUCGUAGCCGCCCCUGAAUACGUCAAGUCCAAAUACAAGUUGCAUAAGAUCAGAGACAUCGAAAACCUGGUAGCAGAUGCUGUAGAGGUCAACAUUCCAUUCAACAACCCUAUCACUGGGUUCUGUGCAUUCACACACAAGGCUGGUAUCCACGCCAAGGCCAUUCUAGCGAAUCCUUCCACUUACGAAAUCUUGGACCCACAAGAUUUCGGUAUGAAGAGGUAUAUCCACUUCGCCAACAGAUUGACGGGCUGGAACGCCAUCAAGGCCAGAGUAGACCAGCUGAACCUGAAUCUGACAGACCCCCAGGUCAAGGAGAUCACCGCAAAGAUCAAGAAGCUGGGCGACGUGAGGGCCUUGAACAUCGACGACGUCGACUCCAUCAUCAAGAACUUCCACGCUGAGGUCACCACCCCGCAACUACAGUCUGCAAGAAAGAACAAGCAAGAAGACAGCGACGUUCCAGCACUCAACUCUGUCCCGGCCGCCAAGCGGGCCAAGCCGACCGUUUAA